AACACAACAAAAAUGUUCCAGUGGCAUAGACAUUUCUCAAAAGUUCUAACCUUGCUUCUCGGCUGCGCCUGCCUCAGUCAACAGCUCGCGCAUCCACAAGGCUAUGCUCAAGUGCAACACAGCGGCCGUGAUGGCGCGAAUAAUGAAGGACCAAAAAUCUUUAAAGCCCUUAAUAUGGAUUUAAUUUAUCCAAGAACUUUCAAUACAAGUGACAAUGUAGUAUCGACUACCGAAACCGCAAUACGACCAUCAGAGCCCACCGCGCAAUCUCAACAACGACUUGCACCUACUUAUGUACAAGGAGCUCAAGAAUACGCGGCUGAGCAGCCCAUUUUAUAUGUCACACCACCUGCUGCUGACCUGAAAGUUGAUGGCAGCAAUAUUGAAAUUAAUUCACCACAUACGGAGGCAGCCACCAUAAUGCACGCCAACCAUAAUCCCGUGUUCACGGUUGAUAAUGAGCAACAGCAAUCAGAGGCGUAUGACAUGCCUGCGGGUUCGACGCUGGCCGAGCCAUCGCCAGCCUUGCAGGAAUAUGCUUCAACUGGACGCGCUAUCGACUACAAUCGCCCAACAUAUAAUUUUAAUCAGCUUAUGACGCCUUUAAUCAAAAGUCCACCAUUACCAGCGCCAGCGAUACGUGAAAAGCCGGUUACAUCCAACAUCGGGAAAAUCAUCUAUCCGCAGGCGUUUAACCAACGCAGACCACCAAACGAAGCGGAAAUUAAUAAACUCAGCGGUAAAGCUCCAUUUAGUGACCGCUUCACGCCCGGAGAAGCAACCGCAGCUGGUCAAUUCAAGCAGCAUAAGCACAAUCACGCACAGUCUUUCAAUGCUGGCAACAGCAACAAAUUGGCAGCGGCUUCUCAAAUUGUGCAACAAACCUACAAAGCACCGGAGAAUAUCUACACAUUUCCACCGAACAUAAAUUCACAUUAUUCAUCACCUUAUCAAGACCCCAAAGCCGCCUUACCCUCAAGCAAUGUGAAUAGUUACGCAGCAGCGCCAUCUGGACCGUUACCGUUGAAUGUCAAUUUAGCCACAGCUAGCAGUAAUGAUAGCGGUUAUAAAUAUCCGGGACCUACAAAUCCCGACAAUCUACCACCAGCAGGAAAGGAUGCCGAUGAUGCGAAAGCGCCCGCCGCUGAUGCCGACUCCGAUGACACAAUUGGCGUGCUACCAGCCAGCGCUAUGGGCGACGGAGAUAAAGACGUGAGUGGUAAAGAUAAUGCUGGCGGCGAUGAUAUGGGCGCAAAUGACCAUGACCAUGAUCAUGAUCAGGAUCAUCCACCACCCGUUGAUGAUACCGAGUAUCCUACACCACCACCCGGUUGGGUGGAACAACAGCCCGAUGAAGCACCUAUUCAUUCAUUUUCACAUGAUUCAUAUCACGAUCAUUCUUUUGGUGUUCAUGAUCAUUUUCCCUCAUAUCCACAUUACUACCCGCAUUAUCCUGAAAUCAUUUAUGAUGACCAUCAUCACCAUCACCACGAUCAUCCACCACCACCCACGCUACCGCCAAUUACUACAGAAAUGCCACCACCGGAACCGCCACCAGAGCCACGUGUCAAGAAAUACAGUUACUUUUAUAUUGGUCGCAAAUUGUGGUACAUCCCGCUGUAUUUCACGGUCUGGUUCAGUUUUUACGUGCUCUGGCUUAUUCUCAAAUCGAUUGCCCGGCAUAAGGUUAAUUUGCCGAAUCAUUAUGUCAGCAAGCGUAGUCUACCCGAUUUUGUUGCGAGAGAGACGCAAGCAAAGGAAUAUAUUAAUGAGCUGACCGUGUCUGUGCUGGAGAAGAUAGAGAAGUUCCAACGGAAUUAUUUAACAUGACUGAGAAUACAUGUAUAGAA